UCUACAUAUCCUCAUCAAGCAACUAACACGACUACAAUGAGGAACAAUAACUCGUAUCUCGCGGUGGCACUGGUGAUCCUACUGGGCGCAUCGGUGACGCAUGCUACCUUCUUGCAGCACGAUGCGCUGAAGAGCUUCCUCAAGUCCAGGGCCCAGACGCUCGCUAAUGGGCCUGUUGAGGCGGACACAUGGGCCGACCCGGACAGCAGCUUCAGCAACCUGCCCACGAGCUGCAAGAGCCCGCCGCCGGGCACGAGAGAGGCCGACAAGAUCGCGGCGCUGCCCGGCCAGCCCCCGCGCGUCAACUUCGACCAGUACUCCGGCUACGUCACCGUGAGCGAGCAGCACGGCCGCGCGCUCUUCUACUACUUCGUCGAGUCCCCCUACCAGGCCUCCUCCAAGCCGCUCGUCCUCUGGCUCAACGGUGGGCCUGGGUGCUCCUCGCUCGGCGCCGGCGCCAUGGCCGAGCUCGGCCCGUUCCGCGUGAACUCCGACGGCAAGACCCUCAGCAGAAACAGACACGCCUGGAACAACGUGGCAAAUGUGAUCUUCCUGGAGUCGCCGGCUGGCGUCGGGUUCUCGUACUCGAACACGUCAUCGGAGAACACCGUGAGCGGCGACAGGAGGACCGCGGUGGACGCCUACAUCUUCCUGCUCAACUGGCUCGAGAGGUUCCCCGAGUACAAGGGCCGUGACUUCUUCAUCGCCGGCGAGAGCUACAGCGGCCACUACGUCCCCCAGCUCGCCACCGUCAUCGUUUUCCUCCGCAAACUCGGUCUCACAAGCAUGAACCUCAAGGGAAUCUUCCGGCGACAUGGAUGAUGUGUGCCCGAUUACUGCGACAAGGUACUCCGUCAAGGAUCUCAAUCUGGCUGUCACAAAACCGUGGCGUCCGUGGUACACACCUGAGCGCGAGACUCUGCCAUGAGGAACACCAUCGCCUUCUCCCUCACACUCGUCGUUCUGCUAGGCGCAUCGCUCACAGCCACAGAUGCCUCCCAGGAGGAGCAGCUCAGGAAGUUCAUAGAGGCCAAGGCCGCAAAGAGGUUCACGAACAGGCCGAGCGCAAACGGGCCUGAGGAAACUGACCCAUGGGCCGAUCCGAGCAGCUUCAGCGACCUGCCCACGCGCUGCCAGGGCCCGUUUGAGGGCAGCAAGGCCGCUGACAAGAUUGUAGCGCUGCCCGGCCAGCCGCCCCGCGUCAACUUCGACCAAUACUCCGGCUACGUGACCGUGAGCAAGGAAUUCGGCCGCGAGCUCUUCUACUACUUCGUGGAGUCCCCCUACGACGCGCCCUCCAAGCCACUCCUCCUCUGGCUCAACGGUGGGCCGGGAUGCUCGUCGCUGGGCUACGGCGCCAUGAAGGAGCUCGGCCCGUUCCGAGUCAACCUUGACGGGAAGACGCUGAGCAGGAACAAGCACGCCUGGAACAACCUGGCUAACGUGAUCUUCCUGGAGUCACCUGCCGGCGUCGGGUUCUCCUACGCGAGCAACAAUUCGAACAACAACAACAACGUGGGCGACCGCAGGACGGCCGAGGACGCGUUCGUCUUCCUGCAAAAAUGGCUCGAGAGGUUCCCGGAGUACAAGGGCCGGGACUUCUACAUCGCCGGGGAGAGCUACGGCGGCCACUACGUCCCCCAGCUCGCCACCGUCAUCAAAUUCAUGAACGAACUCCACGGCACCCCCUUCAUAAACCUCCGUGGCAUCUUCGUUGGCAACCCGUACCUUGACGAUUACAAGAACGGCAAGGGGUUUGUGGAGUUCCUGUGGAACCACGGGGUGUUCUCCGACGAAGUGUGGGCAGGCAUCCUCGCCAACUGCACCUUCAGCCCGUCCGAUGACUGGCAGUGCUUCGUGGCGACGCACGCAUCCCAGAAAGGGAACAUCGAUCUCUACAACAUAUACGCUCCGAUCUGCCUCCAGUCAUACUACGGAACGUACCACUCCAGCAGCUAUUUGGCCGGAUACGAUCCGUGCAUCGACCACUACACCGAGACUUACCUGAACAAUCUCGAGGUGCAAGCAGCUCUGCACGCUAGGAUCAACACAAGCUGGUCAGGUUGCACUGACUUGGGCUAUAACGAUGGCCCUGUUUCCGUGGUGCCAACCAUCAAAAAGCUGGUCGAACAUGGGUUAAGCGUAUGGCUCUACAGUGGCGAUAUGGAUUCCGUAUGCUCUAUUACAGCGACGAGGUACUCUGUCAAGGAUCUAAACCUGCCCAUCACGAAACCAUGGGACCCUUGGUACACCCCUGACAGUGAGGUUGGAGGAUACGUUCAGCAGUACGAGGGAGGCUUCACGUUUGCAUCGGUGAGGGGAGCCGGCCAUCUGGUCCCCAGUUACCAGCCCAAGAGGGCGCUUGUUCUUCUCUACUCUUUCCUCAAGGGCAUGCUCCCACCUGCUGAUAUCCCAAACUGAAUUGGGUGCUCCAAUGACAUCUUCACGGUGUCUUCUGAUUUCUGAUUACAAGGGUCUUCAGAACUCCAAAUCCUUUCUGUUUCAAUAAACCGCUCCUUUCCCCCCAAAAAUGAGGACAUCCCUUCAGCGUGUGUAUCGGAUGAUGCAUACAACCGUUAUAUUAUUAUGGAGUAUGAAAUAACAGAACAAAGGAGCCUUUUAGAUCAUCGUCGACUCUUAUGUUUUUUCUGACAGCUUUGACUCUUAUGUUUUAACACUGUGUUGAAAUGAAUGUAAUGGUGUUCACAAGGA